AUGCUCGGUGCCGAUUGCCUCGUCGUUAAUUCGGCUACCGCACAACUUGUAGCAACAGCCCAGACGAGUUCUGCUCGACAAGUCAGCAAAACCCGGCGGAAAGCCGAAGACGCACCAGAUGCGCCGCUACAUCGAAGUAGUGUUGUUUUUGCAGAUCGCCAUAUAAUCAAGAAAGUGCGGUGUGUGCGCGAAUUCAAUAAACGUAUA